GUUAGGUGUUCUCCUCCUCCUCUCCCUUCAUCGCCAACUGGUACGUGGCCACCUGAGGCGCGUAGGCACGAUGCAAAUACUGCAGCAAUUGCUGCUGCUGCUCCAUCCAUCAUCCAUUUAUCCAUUAUAUAUUCAUUCAGCAAUCAGUCGGGCCAUGCCCAGCAGACGGACUGUCUCCUCUCCGCCUGGGAGCUCUGCUCGUCCGGCAGUCUGGGCUCGUCCACCUGCUCCGGACUCUCCAUGCAGACAAGUCCGCCCAUCUGGGAAGCCUCGACCGGCGAAACGGGCCCCGGAAUCCGCCCCCUAUCGCAUGGAAUAGCUGGGCAUGUCCUCUCCCUGCGCCGAGCUCCGGCCGCUGCGAUAGCCUGCUUGACUCGCAUCGAGACUCUGCACUUCUACGAGUCCAUGACGUUAGGCCACGCCUCCGAGGCAGGUGUCGGCGGUGCGGGCCGACCUACCGCCUGCGUCGCAUUUCCACCUCCCGCACACCUCCGAGGCGUCCUACCAACCCUGUAA